AUGGAGAGCGCAAAGAAGAAAUCAGUCUCGAUCGAUGUUCAUCUUCCAAAAGACAUUAUUCUCCAGAUACUUGCCAGAUUACCGUUGAAGCUUUGGUUGCGAUGCAACCGAGGAGUUCCUGUCAACUGGGAUCAGAUGUUUUUCUAUUCAUUAAACGAAAAACUUUCAGCGGUAAAGCUUCCAAAUUCCACUGGUCAUCCAUCUUGGAUGGGUACUUGUAACGGAUUGAUACUUUUUGAGUUGCAUCGAGCAAUGUACUUAUGGAACCCAUCCACGGGUUGCUGCCGCGCGAUGAAAAAGCUCAAUGAUUCGGUAGAACGAUGGCAAAAUACCACUUCUGUGUAUCAUGGAGCCUAUGGACUUUGUUUCGACAAAUCUUCCAAUGAUUACAAAGCGUUAUGGUUGUCUGAUCGACGAGCUGGUGUUGCUAGUUUAAGAACGGAAGAAAUCGAAGUGAACAUUGGUUUCCCUUAUUACGCAUUCAGCUCCUAUUGUAGCGAACCUUGUGAAUUGGGAAAUGAAUGGGGAGUUUUUAAUGAAUAG